AUGUCGGCGCCGCCGGCUUGUGCCGCCCGAGCGAAAGAGCUGCCCAGCCGCCUCAGGGAACGAGGGGAGCCGGGCGCGGAGCUGGGAGCGACGUGGCGCAUGGCAAAGUUUCCCGGCUCACCUCUGGAGGAGUCCCCGAAGAAGCGCGCUCGGGAGAGGGCUGCUCCCCGCCGGGGCGAACGGCUCCCUCAUGGCUUCGCGACCCGGAUCAGC